AUGGCACUGGCAAUGUCUGGCUCAAGACCCGGCUACCUAGACAACCUCUACGCCUCUCGCCCACCACACCACAAGAACCCCAGCCUCAGCUCCUCCGCCAGCACCAGCUCACUACGCUCCGCUACAUCCCCACUCGAACAUCGAGCCGUCCAACCCAGUCCUCGCCCGCUUUCUCCCGCCCUCGAAGAAGACCAAGAUGAUGCCGGCUCCGUCAGAUCACUGCGCCUGACGCUGAGUCCGCGCGGCAAGCUACGCAGCCUUCUCAACCGACGAACAUAUCCGCAAGUCAAAGAGACUACGGUGGAGUACCAGACAGACGCGGCACAGAAUCGUGCGGCGACCAGGAGGCCAUCAUUGCCAAAACUGCAGACGGCGUUUUCGGGAACGGAGAAGAAGGCGCAUCGACGGCAGUCAAAACCGCUUCCUGCGCCUCCGAAACCGCAGGCUGAGGAGUUGUCGUCUACUACUUCCACGCCCGGAAUUGCAAAGGCUAUGUACUCGGUGGCUCGCAUGGCGAUGCUUGUGAUAAUUGUUCUGUAA